UCUUCAGUGCAGGAGUGUAUAUUCUUGUCACACACGGACUGCAGAAACUGAGGGACUGGGGUCCUAAAGCGACCUGGAUUUGCAGGACGAGCACGUUCUUUGUUCUAACUGUGUUUGUGUGGUGGACACUCAGACGGAACACCGUGUGGGAGUCUCGGGAGUCUCUGUUCAAGUCAGGGCUCGAAAGUGUUCCUCAGAAUGCCAAGGUCCACUACAACUACGCGAACUUACAGAAGGAUUUGGGGAAUAUGGAACUGGCAAUCAAACAUUACAGGAUUGCUCUCAGUUUAUGGCCUGACUACGCAAGCGCCCACAAUAAUCUGGGAACCCUACUUAGUGAUCCUGUGGAGGCAGAACACCAUUUUAAAGUCGCCAUUGCUGUAAACUCCUAUCACGCAAGGGCCUACUUUAACCUUGCCAAUCUGUACAGCAAGCAGGAUAAAAGAAAGGCAGCUGAGACAUUCCUAAAACAAGCUAUCCACAUAGAUCCAGGAUUUGCCGAAGCAUAUUCGGCUUUAGCUUCCCUCUACGCUGUUUUUGGUCACGUGAAUGAAGCGGAGAAGUUCCACCUAGUGGCACUAAGCCUAAGUCCUGACAACGUCGACGCUCUUAACAAUUACGGAGUAUUUAUUCAGAAUUUAGGGCGUGAAGACGAAGCAGUUGAGUUUUAUCAGCGAGCUAUUCGGAUUCAUCCUAACCACACGGUGGCGCUGCUCAACGCCGCCAGAACACUGCGUUCUCUAAAAUUUAUUGACGAUGCUGAAAAACUGUACAAAAGGUUUAGUAAUUUAGUUGUUAAUACCUUUUAA